AUGUCAAUUUUUAAAAAUUGCCGCGUACCCGUGACCGUCAAGGGGUCUAUGCCAAUUUUUAAAAAUUGCCGCGUACCCGUGACCGUCCAGGGGUCCAUGCCAAUUUUUAAAAACCGUAAACUUUGCCAAACUUUGCGAACAGUCAUUCUUUGGGGAUCUGAUUCUGACGGGUACGACUGGAAGUAUUGUUCGUGUCGUCGGCAAGGAAGUCAAACAAGUCGUUAGUUUUGUAGUCGAUUGCUUCAGUGAUACCGAUGGAAUUCAGAUCAAACGAGGUUCUACGGAUGAGAUGAAAGACAUUGAAGAAUUAAUUGCAAAAGAGGCACCGAUUCAGAAAAUGGAAGAGUUCGAGGAUGAGCUUAUGGUUGAGAAAUUAUACUGUUCCUAACACUUGAUCGAAAACUAUUACAGAAUCAGUCGGAAGAGGAAGAUAUCGCCAAACCCCCAGAGAAGCUUGCUGUUGCCGUGCGCGUGGAAGAAGGUGAAGACAACACGGAUGUGGUCGAUAUGGAGAUCGAUAAAGUCGUGGAGGCAGCUCCCACGAUCCCAGUCGUCGUCCCCAGUACUGGUGAAGAAGAGGCCGGCAUACCGAUGGAUCCGAUGCCAUCCACGCCAGAGGCAAGUUUCAUUCCACCGUUCUAA